GACAAACAUGAGGCUUGUGGGAAUAUGAGAAUUACUGAAAUAAUAGCAAGUAUUGUCAUGCUAGCUUAGGGAUGUAAUUGCAAUGUGAACACAAUCGGGGGAAAAUGUUUAAACAUUUUUGACACAAUGCACAGUUGUACUGUAGUGAUACCAUAUUUGUGGAGUAUUAUAUUCAGUGGUGCAUGCACGGGUUAGAUUAUGUUCUUUCUAUGUACGAUAACAGUUAAGGCCUUGCAAAUGAUCAGACAUUGAGGGAGGGCACAACCUGACAGUGAGCCCCUAGAGUGACCCUUCUAUCCCCAGACAUGGACCCUUGUAUCAGUGUGGUGGAGGGGCUGUCCCAGCGGGAGAAGAACUCCAUCCUCGCUGUACUGCAGAGAGACGAGAAGCUGCGCGUAGGCCAGGAACACAAAAUCACUGAAUUGAAGCAUGAAAUCAACACCAUCCGUAUGUGCAGCGUGAUGCGGGCGGGCGAUAACCAUGGCAAGAUGUGCCUGCGAUGUCGUUCUGAGCUGGGAAUGAUCUUCAACCGGGGCGACCUGUGUCCAGCAUGCAGGUUUAAGGUGUGCAAACAGUGUCAGGAGGUGAUGUUCAAUGGCUCCUGGCUGUGUAUACUGUGCUAUAAACAACGACAGCUCAAGUGGUUGUCAGGAGAAUGGGCAGCCUCCUUUGAGCAGAAUCCGCUGAGGAAGUGGGCUUCAGGAUCAGACCUCAAGCAAGGCACACUGCAGCUCAUGCCAGGCACUACUGAAAUCAACAUUGAUGACUCUCCUCCACGCCAAGCGACAAAUAAUAAGAGUCGAAAAAUAGCACGCAAUGGUGUCAGCAAGCAUGAUGACCAGAAAUCCAAGGUUGAAGUCCCGAAGGAGGGAGACCAAGUUAAAUUAUUGGAACUCUUUAACGUUUUGAGAGUUAAAAAGCCCCAAGAGGAAGCGAGUGCUGAAAUGCAAGUAAAGCACAUUAAAACAAGAGGUUACAGUGAUUCGGAUAGCGAUUCAAGCUCAAAUUCUGAUAGUGAGGUGCGGAGUUCUUCCACUGCUUUAUCGAUGACAGAAUCUGAGAUUGAUACACAUAGGGUAGACUCUCCGAUCAUGGAAGAGGUGGCCCAAGUCAGUAGACUUGAGUCAUCGUCUCAAAGGAGGGAAUCUUCUCGUGACUUGGACUCCCCAAGGAGACUGAUACCUCACAAUGUGGAUAAGAUGGAAACUCGGUCAUCUCAGCAGGUCACUAACCUUGAAUCUCAGAAUCCUGCUCACUCCAAGCAUUCCUUGAAUUCUGCCAUGAAUCAGAAGGGAAGGUCACUUGGAAGGGCACAGAGCCAAGGCGGCCAAUCAAAACGGCCAUCUUUAGAUGCUGAAGCUCAAUCUUCUAUGAAUAGACCAGGUGAUGAUGUUUCAUUUGAAGGAAGUUCCGAACAUUCUGGGGAAGCUGAUAGUCUGUCUUUACAUUCCAAUCUUAAUGAGCAUGUAAGAAAAACGAGAGAGAUACUUGGGGAAAAACAUGCACAAAGUCAAGUGCAAAAAGUUAAUAGCUCAAUUGCUCAUGACCAUGAAAUGGCUGCUAGACCAAAAAUUAGGCAACAGCUUGUAACAGGUGCUGAACAUUCUCGUAAAAGCUCUAAACAAGGGGCAGAAGCCAACAUCAGGCCCUCAGCUGAUGAAAGGGAAAUGAAAGACAAUGAAAUGCAUCCAUAUAAGAAACCAGUUAAAGUUCACGUAACAUCAGACUCUGAUACAUCCAGUAUAAGCUCCAAAUCAAAAUUGCGUGCCUCGUUUGAUGAGGACACAGAGAGUGUUGGAAAUAUGUCCGUUCCCAGGGCUGGCUCCCCAUAUUCGUUCUCCAUGGAAUCAUUACCUUCGUCCAAUCCAUCUCCCACAAUGCAGCGGCGGGCUCACCACAGUGGAAGUCUUCAAGACUCUUCGGACAACGAUUCCGUGUCGAGGGGAAGCGAGUCCAGUUCUCAAGGUCGUCAUACCCCAAGGAAGCAGGGGUCGGAAGAGGAAUUUGUCGUGGAAGAAUUAUCAAAGGUCAGAUUCCGGCGAGUUGCCAACACUCUGGAAAAGAUGGCCCUUAUGACUAACAUGAAAAAGUCUCCCAACAGAAACAUAACCCAGGAUAGAGAUGGUGUGGAAGGGGGUGGGGCCUGGGAGCAUGACUCUGUUGCUAUGCAACAAGGGGGAAAAUACUUGUUAGGUGACAGUGGUAAGAUAAUUGAAUCGCCUGAUAUAACCUUUGAUAAAUUGGAUGCUGAGGGUAAACAUGUAAAAAAAGGUUGUGUAGAGGAGAUACAUAUUUCUGCGCGCCCUGAAUUUAGCCCUGAAGUUAUUGAGAAAGUUACAAUGCAAGUUUCAAAUCAAAGCAUUAUGUCAGAGGUUUGGAAUAAACUUGAAGGUUCAGAUACAAAUAGAAAUCUUCUGCAUGGUGAUUCGACAAUGAAAACUGAGGCAGACCUCUCUUGGUUUGAUGAUGUGACAUUGAACCAUAACAAUGUCAUUCGCAGACAGUCCCAGUUAAAGCCAAUUCAAAGGUAUUUUACUAGUUCACUAGUGGAAUCUGAGAGAUACCCAUCUGAGGCAGAUUCCAUUGAAGGAAUGAUUGACAACAUGGCAAAGGCCCCACUGCUAGCUGAACCUUUAAGACAAGAACUGAGAAGUACACUAACAAACUCUGAAUCAACACUUCCGGAUACACCCAUGUCUCUGUUCCCUGAAGAACUCUGUGACAGAAGAUCAGCAAAUUACAGACUUGCAUACAUCUCGGAUGAUAACCUUGAUGAUGAUGAUGCAAACGAAGUGUUUCAAGAGGAAAAGGAUGAAAUACUCACUGGAGUUUUGUCCCCAGAAAGGAAAACAUUAAAAGCUAUGGGAUCUUUGGAUUUACUUCUUGACCAACAAGGAGACUUAAUUGGUGGUGAAGAUGAAGCUAAUACUGAAAUUGAACUGGAAUAUCAGAGUGCCUUACGAUAUUCUCAAGGAGAAAAUGGAGAAAAUAGCAGUUCUGAUUUUGAGGCAGACACUUUUUCAAAUGUUUUAGAACUAGAUAGGCCACUCUUGGUUCCAAAAGAAGAAGCUGAAGAAAUAAGUGAAAGGCAUAUUGUUGAAUCAAAGGCAGGAAAUAUGUUAGUGUCUCAAGCGUCGCUAGAUAUACUUAUUGAUAACCAAGGUUCAUUUAUUGAUAAUGAAAACAAAAAGAAACCAAAAAGAAAGCCACUCUUGGUUUCCAAAGAAGAAACUGCAGAAAUUAGUAAAAAGCAUGUGGUUGAAUCAAAAGCAGGACAACAGUUUGUUACUCAGUCGUCGCUCGAUAUACUUAUUGAAAAGCAAGGUUCAUUUAUUGAUACUGAAUACAAGAAGAAACCGAAAGCAAAACUAUCAGCACAGUCUUCUUUGGAUGUUUUGAUAGAAAAGCAAGGGAAAUAUAUUGAUUUUGAUGCCGAUAGUGCUGAACUUGAUCCUGAUUUUCUUGAUUCAAUACGGCAAGAGUUUGAUGAAAGAAUAAUUGCAAGUAAAGCAAUGGACAAAAAACAAACUAAAGACUAUGUUUACUUGGGUGUCCUUCAUGCUACGUCUCACAAUGCCAAUGAAACUGGUCAGUUAGUUGACAAUGGCAAUGAAGGUAAUGCAAGUGAAGUAGCUGCCUCAAGGAAAGCUAAGGAAAAUGAAGCUAAUCAAAACUUAACUAAAGCUAUGUUUUUAGACGCAAGAAAAAAUGAUAGUGACAGCUCUGAUUCUGACAUGCUAAGUAUAAUUGAAGAGGCUGAUGUUGAACAUGAAUUAAAUGAUAAUGCUGAUGAGGUUAGUGAGCACAUCACAGAGGAUAAGUGUGUCCACAUACCUAAAGAGGCUGUACAUAUUGAAACAUUGGCACAUCAUGAAAACACAACAUUAAAUGAGGAGAAAUCUAAUGAGGAGCCAAUAAUUGAAAAACAUGUCCAUGUUAAACCGCAGACUGUCCCUAUGUUGCAGAAAACCAUCAUACAUGAAGAAGCUGCACAUUUUGAAGCAUUGGUACAUUAUGAAAACACAACAUUCAAUGAGGAGAAAUCAAAUGUGGAGCCAAUUGUUGAAAAACAUGUCCAUGUUAAACCUCAGUCAGUCCCUAUGUUCCAGAAAACUAUCAUACAUGAAGAAGCUGCGAAUUUUGAAGCAUUGGCACAUCAUGAAAACACACCACAAAAUGUGGAGAAAUUCACUGUGGAGCCUAUUCUUGAAAAACAUGUCAAUGUUAAACCUCAGACUGUCCCUAUGUUGCAGAAAACCAUUAAUGAGGCUGUACCUCCACCUAAGCCCCCGAGAGCUAAACAUAAUACGCUGCAUGAUGCCAUUCUAAAACUGAGUUAUACAGAACAGGUUCCGAUUACAGAUUGUGAAACAAAGGAUUUGGAAAUCGACAAAAACAAGCAAAAGUAUAAGAAGAUCCAAGAACAUUGGCUUGCAGUUGAAAAGCAGGAACAUGAUGACUUUGUUCCAGAUGAUACUGAUACAGCAUCAGUAGCUCAUGCAAUAGAUGAAACUGUUGAAUCAGAACAAAAGGUAGAAUUGGAAACUUCAAACAACCAAACAACUACGCAUACAAUUACUAAUUGGGCAUUACCGUUCACAAAGUCAGAAGCAAAUGAGAAAAAUGCAGGUCAUCAAGGAAUAAGGUUUCAAGGAGUUUGUCAUAGUAUAUCAGACAACGAAGCUGAGGUGAAAACACAAAGGAAAGAGAAAAGAAUGACAAUAACGUCUGAUGACUCGUGUUAUAGUAUAGAGGAUGCUGAUUAUGUAUGCAAAGAGAAUGUAAGUGACGAAGAAGUGUUUACUAAUCUUGGCCAUCUUGAAGCAGGGCAAGUUGAUGCAAGAGUACCGGAAGAGGAACAGCCUGUGGACUACCAUGUUCAUGAAGCGGUUGAAGCAUGCCACAGUAUCGCAGAUGCAGUGCCAAGCAAAUCCAAAGAAUCAACAAAAGAUUCAUAUGGUGUUAUUCCUGAAGAAACUGCUGAUGAUUCAAAGACUGUUGGCCCGAGCCACAGCCCUUUAAAGCGUUUGUCUGGGGAAAAGGCAGAUCCAGCCUCUUAUGUUAGCAAGGGAGUUUUUAAGACUGAAGUGGACUUGUUUCUUGAUGAAAGUGGACAUGUAUCUCCACCUGUUGUCAGCGACACUGAGUUCUUUAAGGUCCCACCCCCACCCGAACGCCCUGCACGCCGUAAAAAAUCAAGCACUUCCACAUCACCAAAAUCUACUGACUAUGAUAGCCUUAAAGCCUUUGAUACAGAGGAAUUAAUCACUGAAGAGAAUCCUGCAACUCGUGUCGAGUCCCCACAGUCUGUUUCUGAGAACUCCAGUAUCCAUGAAGACAGUGGGCAUGGUAGUGGGGCCUCUCAGGUCACUACCCCUGAACACAAACGGACGGACAGCAGCUUCUCCCAGUCUUCUAUCCCUUCCACACACUCCACAGUGACUGAUGAGGAUGAGGACAUAGACUCUGUUGUUGCCCGAGUACAGCGGAAGCAACAGAUGAUGCAGAGUAACCGUGGAAACCUGCUUUCAGUGUUUGGUGACAGCCGGGAGAGUAUCGCCAGUUACUACAGCGAUGCCGGUGACGUCUCGUACAGCAAGAUACCAGUGACGGGGGAGAUACUGUUCAGUAUCAGUUACAACUACAAGACUGGCAUGCUAGAAGUUGGGAUCAAGAACUGCAAAGACAUUGCAGUUGUUGAUGCCAAAAGAAACCGAUCAGACCCCUAUGUGAAGACCUACUUGCUGCCAGACAGGACCAGAGGGGGCAAGAGGAAAACUAAAGUGAAGAAGUCUACUAUCAAUCCACAGUUUGAUGAAACACUGAGGUACUCGAUAUCCAAGAGUGAGCUGGAGAACCGGACCCUGUGGGUGACAGUGUGGCACAACGACCGGUUUGGACGUAACGUCUUCCUUGGGGAGGUCACCAUCAACUUUGACUACUACAAGUUUGAUGACCCCUCCCCGAGAUGGUAUCCGCUGCAAGAGAGGAUGGAUUACCAGCCUGCUGCAAUGAUGGUUUACAAAGGAGAUCUGAGUAUAAGCCUGAGAUAUGUCACUGCAGAACAUAGUAGCAAGUUAUCAGGUAAAAAGGAGGUCAAGUCUGGAGUAAAAGGUCAAGGUCAGUUAGAGGUCACAGUCAAGGAGGCCCGUAACCUAACUGGAGUCAAGUCCAAUGGCUUUUCUGACCCAUUUUGUAAAGGGUAUCUGCUGCCAGAGCGUCACAAAAGCAGCAAGCAAAAGACGAAGGUGAUACGCAAGGACUGCAACCCUUGCUGGAACCACACGUUCAUCUUUGAGGAUGUUUCAUUGGCCGAGCUAAAGGAACGCUGCCUAGAACUUACUGUGUGGGAUUACGAGAAACUGUCUAGUAACGACUUCCUGGGUGGAGCCCGACUAAAUCUUGGCUCAGGGGAGAGCCAGGGUCAUCAGGUGGACUGGAUGGACGCACGUGGAGAGGAGAUGUCCAUGUGGCAGGCCAUGCUGGACCGGCCCAACCUGUGGAUAGAUGGCGUACUCAUACUGAGGGCUAACAUGGACAAACGGAAAUACUGACAUGUGCACAUUUGAGCAGCGGACAUGAAGAUGACAUGUUCAAAUUAAAAAAACAAACAUGACAAGACAUAAAGACUGAAAUGUGCAAACAUGGAGUAACGCAAAUAGUAAGAUGUGGAAGUAUGGACAUCAAGGAGGGUAACUCGCAAAUAAUGAGAUUAUUUUGGAAAAAAAUCAUAUUAUAUUAAACUUGAAAAAAAGCAAGUUAAGAAGUGCAAGUUCUGUUAUGAGUUAAAUAUGGAAAACAAGCAUGUCAAACAAAAUUUUAAUAUACUGUGUCUUAGAUGCGAAAAAAUCGCAAAUAUAUGAAAUAGGCAAUUGACUAAGAUAUUUUGUGAUGUAUGAUUAUGAACUUAUGCAAAUAUGGCGAUACACCAUUAUAAAAAAAUUGGAAGAAAACUAACGAUUAGAGAAGAUAGGAAAUAUUAUAGCAGAUUAUAACAACUGCAGAUCUUGAGAUAAAUAUAUAUACAAAAUACAGAAAAUAAGAAAAAUGCCUUUUUUUAGAUGUGGAAGUAUGGAGAUAAGGACAUGGCCAAACAUGGAUAGUUAUAGUUAAUAUAGAAUAUAUAAUGCAGUUGUAAAUGUAAACUACUUAGAUGUGGACAAGUAGGAUAGGAAAAAAACUUUUAAAAAAUAAGAAAAUAUCAAAGAUAGUGAAAAAUAAUUAUGGCUGUUCACAUGGCCAAACAUAUUUUUGUUUUGAUUUAACAAUGCACCAAAUGGCUGAUUACUGUUUCGUAGUUUCUGACAUGAUGGAUGUAGAACAUAUAUUAGUGACAUAGUCAAAUUCAUAAUUUGAGAUUAUAGAAAUAGGACAGUAGGAAAUUUAGAUAGUUGAUUUAUUUUAAUAUCCCAUCAAAAUGUGCAAAUAUGCAAGAUUUGUUCUCAAGGGUAAGAAGAGUUGAUUGUUUGUAAAAAAAGGUAUCAAACGGGCUUGAUAACAUAAGAUUUUGAUAUAAAUUACAGCUAAAAUUGUAUGCCUAAGUGUAUAUAAGAAGGUGUAAUGUUCAAGCUCAAAUAUUAAAGAUUUUGUAUGUUUUAUGUGUACAAAGUAGCUUCAGGCUUGUUAACAUAAAAAUCCUUUAGAAUUGUUAAUUUGUCUGCAUAUUUAAGAUAUAAAUGAACACUUGUUUGACAAUAUAUUAGCAGUUUAUAUUUUGAGUACAUUUUUCAUGUUAAUCAGAUGUUAAGUUCACAUGUUAAUAUUUGUGAACACCUUUGUUUUGAGGUACAGUGCUAUAUUAUAGACACACCAUGUUAUGUAGAAAGUUAGUGAAGCAUAAGCCAUGCUUUAUAAUGUUCACAUGUUAAUGCUUAAAUUGUUUUUGUUUUUUUUUCAAAUUACAAAUGUAUUGACUUGCUCUAAUAAUUGUGUACUUCUAUCAAUUAUCGCUUCUCAAACUGUAUCUGUAGUGAUUUUAUUAUUGCAAUAAUAAUGACAAUAUACUAACACAUGUAUACCAUUCCAAUUCAAGGGAGCUUACUUUUGUAUAAAUUAAAUGUAUUAUUUAAGAGUUCUUUCCCAUGUACGUUUUUGUACUGCAUGUCAUAUUUAAUUGUUUACAUUUUACUGUACUUUUUAUUUGUUAAAAAAUAAUGAAAUGUAAAUAUCAACAUGGUUCUUGAAUUGUCAAAUUUGUUAUUUCUAAUGGUGCACGCUGAAAUUUCAUAUUUUGUUUUAAGUUCAAAUUGCAUACGGUAAGAUUUCAUCGUGUUUAGCAUCCAUAAUUUAAUAUCAUUUUAAGGCUACAACAAAUUGAUCAGUUGUUAAAUGGAAUUUGGCAAGAAAAUAAAAGUCAGAGAAAUAAAAUGAGAAUAAGAUAGAUAUUUUGUUUGUAUGUUUUGAAAAUUCCUGGUAAACACAUUCAAAUACAAUCUGGCCAAGUUUUUUUUAUUGAAAUACGAUAAUUUGUUGUAUUCUUUUGAAAAAAGUCACAUAAAGGAAAAAUGAACAUGUGCAAGAGCAAUAAAACAGUUUGUCUCUCAUUUUACAAUUUUUAGGUGCUGCAAAUGUGACAAAUGUCUGAGCCAUUAGUUGUGGCCAAAGUUACGUAUAUUUAUUUAUAUCUAUAAUGAUUGCAUUUUUGCUUAAAAUCAAAAAGGGACAAACCAACCAGCCCCAUACAAUAAUAUGAUUUUUGUCAGAAACCAUAAAUAAUUUUCUUAAUAUGUUUCGCAAGAUCAUGAUUUUAUGUCAUUUUUUAUUUGUCAAAUUCAAAAUUGUCAAAUAAGUUGUCCCAUUGCCGCAUUGGGCCUUUUCAAAGAGCUAAGUCCAUCCAUAUCGAGUUAGCUGAACUUAGCAAUAUUAUAAUUUAUAUUUAGUCAAAGAUAUCAAAAUUGGGAGAACAAAGUAUAUUAUUUAACUAGGAAAAUGUCAAUAAUUCACAUCAUAUAUAAUUUAUUUAAUGACACAUAUGAAAAUAGUUGAUAUUUAAGUUUUAGACCUUGUAUUAAAGAUAACUUAUUAUGUCCAAUAAAUGAGAAUAUAAUCCAUCCCAUAGUAUUUUGUUAAAAAUGGAAGCAUUUAAGUUUCUUUUCUUAAGAGAAUCCAGAUUGAUGAAUUUACUGUGUUUUAGAACAAGUAGUAGCAGUCUUUUGUAUUUUCAGCUAUCAUGUAAAGGUGUUUUUGCAAUUACUUGCACACUGCUGUCUGACAUGUCUCGCAACACUAUAUUCACACAUAUAUUUACACAUUAUUCAUAAAAUUCUUUUUGUUUUAGAGGUUGGGGCAGUGGAUUGAAUUUUCAUUUCAAAAAUAGUACACAAUGAUGUAAAUACAACUACAUGUUAUGAGUACCAUAAGUCGUUUUCUGUAAAUUUUGAAGGGUACUUAUUUUGGCCAUUGAAAAAUUCACAUUUAUGUUAUAUUAUAUUUUUGUUUUCAAUGUUACAUACUUAACAACAGUUACUCAUUGAAAAAAGUUUAUAAAUGUUAACUACAGUUAAGUGUUUUGAUUGGUGAUAAAGACAUCCAUAUUAUUUUUUUUUAAUUUAGCAAAAAGUAUUCGCAUAUUUGUUCAGGUUUUGUAAUAAUGUAUGUUAUUGAAAUUGAAAGAUUAUCUGAUGUAAUCAAGAAACUAUUAGGUGUAUAUGACACCCACAUCUUUUACAAUUGAACUUACAUGCCUGUACAUGUUGUGUGCUGUUUGCUGACGACAUUUUGUAUUUCAAACACAAUUGUAUUGUAAAUACUACUAAUGUAUACAAUUCUUUUAUAAUUACUUGUAGUUGAAAUUUUGCCUCUUUGAUAUUAUUCUGUUUAUAAAGUAAAUAUAUUAUAUAAUCUUA